AAAAUCCAGACCAGCAGAAAACAAAAAAAAAAAAUAAACUCAUGGCGUCUCUCGAAGUUCCCGCCAAUGUUCCUCUUCCUGAAGAAGACGCUGAGCAACUCCACAAAGCCUUUAAAGGAUGGGGAACCAACGAGGGGAUGAUCAUAUCAAUCCUGGCUCACAGAAAUGCAACGCAACGCAGUUUCAUUCGUGAUGUUUAUGCUGCUAACUACAACAAAGAUCUUCUCAAGGAAUUAGACAAAGAGCUUUCCGGUGACUUCGAGCGAGCUGUGAUGUUGUGGACUUUUGGUCCAGCGGAGAGAGAUGCUUAUUUGGCUAAAGAAUCUACCAAAAUGUUCACUAAGGACAACUGGGUUCUUGUCGAGAUCGCUUGUACUAGAUCUGCUCUUGAGUUUCUCAGUGCCAAGCAAGCUUACCAAUCCCGUUACAAGACCUCUCUGGAGGAAGAUGUCGCAUACCACACAUCUGGAGACAUUCGUAAGCUCUUGCUACCUCUUGUGAGCACCUUUAGAUACGAUGGAGAUGAAGUGAACAUGACUCUAGCUAGGUCCGAGGCUAAGAUACUUCACAAGAAGAUCGAGGAGAAGGCUUAUGCUGAUGACGAUCUCAUCAGAAUCUUGACAACAAGGAGCAAAGCCCAAAUCGGGGCAACUCUCAAUCACUUCAACAACAGUUUCGGAACUUCCAUUACCAAAUUUCUAAAGGAGUAUUCGGGAAACGAAUACGUUCAGUUACUCAAAGCCGUGAUCAAAUGCUUUACAUAUCCAGAGAAGUAUUUUGAGAAAGUUCUACGUCAAGCCAUCAACAAGCUGGGAACAGACGAGUGGGGACUUACGAGAGUGGUCACUACAAGAGCAGAGGUCGACAUGGAGAGGAUCAAAGAGGAAUAUUUACGCAGAAACAGUGUUCCUCUUGAUCGAGCCAUUGCUAAAGACACUCAUGGCGACUAUGAGGAUAUACUUCUCGCUCUUCUCGGACAUGACCAUGCUUGAUAUAUACAACAUUUGCAAGUCCUUUUCUAAUAAAAUAAACUUUAUCUUAUCGCUUUGUGUUUAAUAAAACAGUUGUGAUUGGUUUUGCAACGUGGUCAUGUUGAGUUAUUUAUGAAUGUUUUCAUUUUCGUUUCA